AACUCAAAUAGAACACUCCAAAAAGACCGCACAAGAGAGGAGUGCCCGAGUGAGUGUCAGUGUGACAGUGUGUGUCUGAAGAGUGAAGACUGAAGACUGACGGGAAAAUGGCGGGAAUAGCAGGAGUUCACCGAAAAGUGCAGCAACUCCCUCCUCCUCCGCCACUUCCUUCUGUUCGUCGUCCGCCGAUUUCGCUUCAUCCUCUUGCUCGACCGCCAACCACUGGUCCUCGUCGUUCCGUCUACAUCUGUCGCGAAAAGACUUGUCCCUUGCUGCUCCGGGUUUUCACUAAGGUUGGGAGUCAUCAUACCAAGGAAGACUUUGCAGUCAGAGGAAACGAGCCAAAAAAUGAAUUUCAAAUAUAUACUUGGAAGGAUGCUACUCUUCGAGAGUUAACUGAUCUGGUAAAGGAGGUAACACCGGCAGCUAGGAGGAGAGAUGCAAGGUUGUCUUUUGCUUUUGUGUUCCCAGAGAAACAAGGUCAUUUAGUGGUUAGGCCGGUUGGGAAAACAUAUUCAUACGGUACCAGAGAGAUAGAUGAUGGCAAGGCAUUGGCUCAACUUGGUUUUCAGAUAGGGGACUACUUGGAUGUAGCAAUUUUCUGAACUUGUCUCGUACAGCAAUAUAGAAGCCGCUGACCUAACUUGCACCAGGACAAAGAUUAUAAUCCGAUGUGCUUGUAAUUUAACCAGAUAGAUUAUUGCCUCUGUGAUUCAGUCUUUUGGAAGGUUUACAGCCUCUGUGAUGAUUAACUGUCAUGUUGAAACUUGGAAGAAUAUGUCGUAAAGCACAUUAUCUGGCACAUAAUCACUAAGGAUACUUAUUUUGCCUCUGUGCAUAGGUUAAGUUUAAUGGUAAUUUUCAGUUUUAACU